ACAGUCAUCAUCGCAGGCAGCCAUCAGACCAUCGAUGACGAAUUGACAACGACGACGCAUCAGUAGUAGCGUCGGGCGGCGUGUUGUUUUGAUUUUUCAUCAGGCGUCGUCGCUGAAAAUUCGAUUCACCCAGCCAAAAUAGAUUUAUUUUGGUUCCACAUCGUCAAAGUAUCCGCAAACGCAGUUAUUGUCGAACGAAAAAAUGCAUUUGUAGCCUUUUUGCUGUUCUACUGGAGGUGUUUAGCGUAAGGAUACAACUGUCGUCUAUCUUUGGAAUAAACUACUUGUCGAACGGCUUAUUGAGAAGGAUUCAAAGAUGAGUUUGCUAGGCAUUUUGAGUUAUUUUUCAUUGGUGGUGCAAAUAUGCUUCGUAACAGUGUCGAUUGCUGCCGGUUUGUACUACCUGGCCGAACUGGUCGAAGAGUACACGGUAUUGGCCAAACGGAUCAUCACGUGGAUGGUUGUGGGAUCGGUCGCCCUCUAUGGUCUGUUCAUCUUUACGGAAAACUUUUCCUGGGCCAUGGUGCUAUGCGGGCUCGGUGCUCAGGCUAUGCACGCCGCAAUCCUGAAGAAUUUCCCCUACGUACGGUUCCUAUCGCCGAGCUUUUUGGGAGCGUUGAUUUUACUGCUCGUUAAUCACUACCUGGCGUUUAUCUACUUCCAACACCAGUAUCAUGCUUUUACCGAGGUGAUGGCUUACUUUACUCUUUGCCUAUGGUUGGUACCAUUUGCGCUGUUUGUGUCGUUAUCGGCCAAUGAUAACAUUCUACCGACCAGCAACGAAAGGACACCGUUGCUCAGCGAUAACGACGUCGUUACCAACUAUUUCUCGAGCCGAAAGAAGCUUGGUCUGCUUUCGUUGUUCAACUAUGCCAAGGAAUCACUGCUACCGGAACGCAACAAAAAGUCAUUCUAAGCAGCAGCAAAUUUUGCGCGUUUGUGAUCUCCGAUUUCUACCAGAUUCGAGUUUUUUCUACUAGAUGUGUUAGUAGCUGUGAAUCCUAGAGCUUGUUCAUCAUUCCCUGGUUCUGGUACUCAUCAUCGUCGAAUGGAACAGGGAACCAUUACCUUAGAGUUAUAGCUUUUUGAACCAAUUAUAUGACAUGCGAAACCAUCAUCAUCAUCAUCUAACUUUUGUUGGCCAUAAGAGGACUCAGAUCAGCGAUUCGAAGAUAAAAGACAAAAACAAUCAAACAUUGUUUUUAAUUAUUUUUGUUUAUUUAUUUGUUAGACUUAAACUUAAUAAAAAAAACAUCGAUUACUAGUAGCAAAUGGAAUAAAUUUUGUGAGUGAGAUGCUACGUUUC